AUGGCUACUUCUCUCAACCCUGAAGCACCAGAAUUCGUCCCAGAAAAUUCCAUGGAUGUCCCGAGAAUCCUUCCUUACUCCCUUUACCAGCCUCCUCCCCAAUCGCCCUACUUCUUCCCUUCUUUCCAUCCGAGUUACUCGAGUCCUUUUCCGGUCAUGGACGCCCUUCGACGUCCUCCUCAUUCUCUUUCUGUCUACUGCAAUAAUUGUUUCUUUUACCUGAAUAACUCCUGGGUGACCAUUCCAGCACCGUCACCGGUGAUCAGCGAUAUUACUUACUUGGCAACGACGGAGCAGGGCGACAGUACGAAGAAAGUAGGCAGGGAAAGUAUCAUAACUAUGGUCAGGAAGGGGUUUAAGGGUCAUGGUCUCCUGAGGAGAGGAGCUAAGAAAAUUGGGACUAAAACCCUGGAGUGGAGACCUAAGUCGGUGAGCGAAGAAGACCGACCGGCUCAAAAUUUGGAGUACAACUCGACGCAAAACCCUGCACAAAGUGAGGACACGGAGACCACACUUAUGAUUAAGAAUAUUCCGAACAAAUUGAGUCGCAAGGAGAUGUUGGAUUUCCUUGACGAGCGUUGCUCAAAAGAGAGGCAGACGCUAAUUUCGGAGAGAGCAGCAGAGGAUGCUGGUAUGUCCUUGGCAUACGAUUUCCUGUAUCUACCCAUGGAUUUCAGGAGUAGGUGCAACAGGGGGUACGCAUUCGUCAACUUUACAAGCGCAAGGGCGGCAUCUAUUCUGAAACAGUCAAUAAAUAACUACAAGUGGGACAUUCUGGGUUCCAGGAAAAUCUGUGAGAUUACUUUCGCAAGGAUACAGGGGAAGGAUGCACUGAUAAAGCAUUUCAAGAAUUCGACUUUCGUUUGCGACUCGGAGGAAUUCCUCCCUGUCUGCUUCAUCCCUGCUCGCGACGGCUCGGGGUGCUCGGUAUUGUCAUGCACGUUUGGCAAUCGGAUCGAACCAUCCCAACAACAGAUGAACGGCCACUUUUCUUAA